AUGAGGCGAACUUUCGAUUGCUCUCUGUCUGACCAGGAGGUGGCUAGAGAACUCAUGGAGCUGCUGCAGGGGUCCUGGUCUACCUCAGACUACACCAUCGAGUUCCAGACGUUGGCAACAUCGUGCAGUUGGAACGAGAGCACCCAGGACGGCUCCAAGAACGGCAAACCCGACAACCUGUUCAGGAUAUUCUCUUCCCGCCAGGAAGAGUCUAGAAUGCCUGAAACCAUCCUCCCUCCACAUUGUCUGGUGGGAGCUGCCCUACUUGAGCAAGGUGAUCUCCAAAAACACGAGCGCAUUCACACAGGAGAGAAGCCGUAUCACUGCUCACAGUGUGGAAAGAGUUUUACUGAACGGAGUGCUCUCCAACGACACCAGCGCAUUCACACAGGAGAGAAGCCGUAUCACUGCUCACAGUGUGGGAAGAGUUUUACUCAUCAGAGUCAUCUCCAACGACACCAGCGCAUUCACACAGGAGAGAAGCCGUAUCACUGCUCACAGUGUGGGAAGAGUUUUACUCUGCAAGGUGAUCUCCAACAACACCAGCACAUUCACACAGGAGCGAAGCCGUAUCACUGCUCACAGUGUGGAAAGAGUUUUACUGAACGGAGUGCUCUCCAACGACACCAGCGCAUUCACACAGGAGAGAAGCCGUAUCACUGCUCACAGUGUGGGAAG